AGAUUCAAAACUGCUGAUUGACACUAAAAACUGUCUGUGAGUAUACAUACGUUUUUGGAGAAUUUUUAUUUUUUAAAGAAGAAAAACCAGGAAAAAUGAUUUUAAAUUUUCGGCAUUUGCAACUUUUUGUGAUUUUUAUGAUCCUGCUGACGGCACAGGACACAUUUGGCGGAAAGCCAUCUUUUCAGCGGCCCUAUACCAUUAAAAUGGUAUCCUAUGUUGAUGAGUAUUCCCAUGAUAUUUUCAAAAGCUUGAAAGUUGGAUUGACUAAUCAAACAUUUAGUGGCUGUUUUAUGUUAAAUAAAGACAUUAAAACCUUUGAUGUGCGGGCGGUGGUUACAGUUCCAAAAAUUGGUGGAACUUGGACGGCGUUUAAUACCACACUCAAUGGCUGCGGAUUGUUAGCAAGUGGCGGUAAACUGCCAACAAAUAUAAUUCAGUUUUCUUUGAAAACCAUUCUUGCCAGCAGUCAUCAGCUUCCCGAUAGAUGCCCCAUACAAAAGGACACGAAAUACUGCUUUGGUAGCUUUACUCUCGACAGCGUUCAGUUUCCUCGAAGUUUCCCGCCCAUGAAUUUAAAUGUAGUGAUUGAUUUUAUUGAAAAGAAAUUGUUGAUGUACAAGGUUUAUCUUGGUGUUGAGAUGUCAAGUUGCAAUUGAUGGUACCAGCCUUUGUUAAGCAAUGUAAACAAAUGGGUAUGGCAGCCUUAAACUUAUGCUGACGUACACACAGAAAAAUGCUAAUACGAGUAUUACACACGGCUCAUUGAAUACAAUAAAAUUACUAGAGCCGGCAAAAUA